AUGAAAGAUAGAUUCGAAAUGGAAUCGCAGGAAUUUGCGGCAACCGAGGAUGCAGUUUUGGCGGUAGCCAUGAUCAACUUGAAGAAACUGGUUUCCGUUGGGAGAAAAUCCAUCCUUUCACUGAGGCUUAGUAAGGGUCGUUUCGUUGUGUACUCCAUAGAUAGGAAACGUUUCGUGGUUCCUUUGACAUAUUUACGAAGCAAAAUUUUCAGAGAGUUAUUCAGAUUGUCAGAAGAAGUGUUUGGGUUACCAAAGGAUGGUCCGAUCACUUUGCCUUGUGAUGGGGCUUUCAUGGAGUACGUUCUGUCUUUAAAAAGAAGCAUUGCUCUUUCUAAAUAUAACCUCCAGAUGGUCGAGGAGCAAUUGCUUAUGUCCUUGGCCUCCUCUGCUAAUCGCACUUCUGCUAGACCUCUUUUUUCUUAA